UGAUGGUUUAAUUAUUCUGUGGUUGGAGUGUAUCCAGGGGGGGCUUUAUAGGUAGCACAUGCAUCCUCUACUCUUCUUGCAUAAACGUCCAUUAUUAGCUCUCUCUUGGUAAGGCUCUGUACUUUCCGCCGAGAAAACCAGCAAGAACUCUUUAUGCCAACAGCAAUUAUAGCCGUCUACAUUGUUGGGUGACCUUGCAUGCAUGUUUAUAUAUAUAUAUUCUUUGGUUGUAAGCCAAACCCAUUAUUAUUUGCCAGGCCUUUCUAGCUAGCUCGCUCAUUUUUGGUCACUUUGGGACAAAUGGGAAUGGGUCAUCUUGGCUGUUGGAGAUUUGUUGGUGCUGCUUUACUCGGAUUUCUUCUCUUUCAUGGAUUUUGCCACUCUGACAAAGGUCCAAACUACUCUUUCAUGCACAACGCCACGUCAGCCCCUGCAGUGUCAUCCUACGACUACAUCAUCAUUGGAGGAGGCACUGCUGGUUGUCCAUUGGCCGCCACUCUCUCCCAGAACGCAACCGUUUUGCUCCUCGAACGCGGCUGCUCUCCCUAUGGCAACCCCAACAUCACCAACUUAUCCUCCUUUGGCGCCUCACUCUCCGACCUCUCCCCCACGUCCCCCUCCCAACGCUUCAUCUCCGAAGACGGUGUCAUUAACGCGCGAGCCCGCGUGUUGGGCGGUGGAACCUGCCUUAACGCCGGUUUCUACACGCGCGCGCCACUAGAUUACGUCAGAGAGGCCGGAUGGGAUGGACGGCUAGUGAACGAGUCGUACAGGUGGGUUGAGAACAAGGUGGCGUUUGAGCCCAGUAUGAAGUCAUGGCAGUCCGCAUUUAGGGAUGGACUGAUAGAGGCAGGUGUGGUGCCAUUCAAUGGAUUUACAUAUGACCAUAUUAAUGGAACUAAGGUUGGUGGAACCAUUUUUGACCAAAAUGGCCAUAGACACACUGCUGCUGAUCUCUUGGAGUACGCAAAUCCCAGUGGUAUUACUGUCUUCUUACAUGCUACUGUGCCUAAAAUUUUGUUUGCAGAUGAAGGACAACAAAGGCCCAGGGCCCAUGGAGUGAUAUUUGUAGAUGCAACGGGGGCCCAACACAGAGCCUAUCUCAACCAAGGAUCCAACAACGAAAUCAUUGUCUCUGCUGGCGCUCUGGGAAGCCCACAAUUGUUGAUGUUGAGCGGAGUCGGCCCAGAAAAACACCUUCAAGCCCAUAAUAUCACAGUUGUGUUGGACCAGCCCAUGGUGGGUCAACGCAUGUCCGAUAACCCAAUGAAUGCUGUCUUCGUCCCUUCUCCGGCCCAAACGGAAGUCUCGCUCAUUCAAGUCGUGGGAAUCACUGAAUUCGGAAGCUACAUUGAAGCUGCCAGCGGCUCUAACUUCGGCAGCAGUUCAGCCGUCAAAGACUACGGAAUGUUCUCCCCCAAGAUUGGGCAGCUCUCCACAGUGCCUCCAAAACAGAGGACCCCGGAGGCCCUAUCCAAAGCUAUUGAACUGAUGAACAAUCUGGACCAAGCAGCAUUCGUGGGAGGAUUUAUACUAGAAAAGAUUAUGGGCCCAAUCUCAACAGGCCAAUUGGAGCUCCGAACCCGCGACCCGGACCAUAACCCAUCAGUCACAUUCAAUUACUUCAAAGAACCAGAAGACUUACAAAGAUGUGUACAGGGCAUGUCAACAGUGGAGAAAGUAAUUGAAUCAAAUGCAUUCUCCACAUUCAGGUACAAUAAUUUAUCAGUAUCAACAUUGAUGAACAUGACUGCAAAUUCCCCAAUAAACUUGUUACCGAAACAUCGGAACGUGUCGAUCUCCUUGGAACAAUAUUGUAAGGACACUGUCAUGACAAUCUGGCAUUAUCAUGGAGGUUGUCAAGUUGGGAGUGUAGUUGAUGGUGAUUAUAAGGUUGUUGGUGUUGAUGGAUUAAGGGUUGUUGAUGGUUCAACUUUUAAUUUCUCUCCUGGUACUAAUCCUCAAGCAACUGUCAUGAUGCUUGGAAGAUACAUGGGAGUUAAGAUAUUGAGGGAGAGACUAGCAGCAAGGGAUCAAGACUCAGAGUAAUUUUGUUUGAUGAUUUGGGGUGUUGAAAAUUAUGUUUGAAGUUUGAACAUGUUUGUAUUUAUGAAGGUUUGAAUGAAGAAAUUAUAUGGGUACCUUGAAUACUCCAAAUAAUUAAUCGGCCUUGUUCUAGUAUAUGAAAUGUUACGAUAGAGAGGUGGCUCGAUUGACAAUCGAUUGGGUUAGGUAAAUGU